CCGCCUGGUGGGCCUUUGCCCAAGGCUGGGCCUGGACCACCAAUCCAAGAUCUUUGUUUGGUUGGGCAUUUUUUGACCUAGUCGUUCAGUUGAGGCAUUGAGCUUUGUGGUUCAGUAUAUGGGUAUUGAAAUUCCUUCCAGUGAUUGUGUUUUCACAAUGAGAUUGCACGGGUGCCAUCCCUCUUCCCCUGCCUCUUCCAUCGAUUGCAUGAUUAAAUUCCUCUGAUUUACAUCUGUCCAUCCCUUGUCUAGACCAGUUUCUUUGAAAUUUGAACUUCAGAUGUUGUUCUACAGAUUAUUAUAAUUUGACAAAAUGCCGCGAAAGUCAAUCAGGCGCCACCGAUUUUCAAAACCUCGGCCUUUCACGUUCUCCCCAUUUGCUAGAUCAGCUGCACAAGUUGCUAUGGCAUACAAGGUCAAGCAUCAGAUCCAGAACUCUAAGUUUCAAAGAAAAUCUUCCCAGAGUUCUGCAGGUGGCAAGUUUCCAUUUGAUGCUUCAAAAGAUAAGAAGAGCGAGUCUGGAUCUUCUGACGAAGGAGAGUUUGAAGGAGUUGUUCAAGCAGACUUUGCUUUCUUUGAUCCCAAACCUGACGACUUCCAUGGAGUGAAGGGCCUGCUGCAGACAUACAUUGACAAUAAGCAAUGGGAUCUGAGUGGUUUUGUGGACCUGAUUUUGGGGCAGACCACAGUAGGUACCAUAGUUAAAAUAGAGGACGAUGAAGAUGAUACACCUUAUUCUCUAGUUACUGCUCUUAACUUGGGAAGAUAUAAGGAUCAUAGAUGUAUGAAGGAACUCAAAGAGUUCUUGCUUAAAGUAUGCAAGGAAGAGGAUGUACUAAAUAACUUGAGCUCAUUUUUGGGAGCGCAAGCACAAAAUGUUGGGCUCUUGGUCUCUCAAAGGGUUGUAAAUCUUCCUCCCCAGCUUUUGCCACCUCUUUACGAUGCCCUCUUUGAUGAAGUCUCGUGGGCUACAGAAGAUGAGCCAACAAAGGAGCUGAGGAAGUCCUUCUGCUUUAAGCACUAUGUAUUGGUCACCAAAAUCUAUGAGCGUAAGAAUGCUGGCCAGCAAGAGGGGGCAAGUAGUAACAUUGACGAAGCUAUAAUCUACACUAAGCCAGAAGAUGAAAUUAUUCACCAGCUCAGUUCAUGGUCCUUCAGGUUCCCAUUACUUACCCAGCAGCUUCCAACACAUGAGCUAAGAAGUUACCGGUUAGUGGGUUUAGUUAUGGCCUUAGAAGCAGAAAAAGUUCCUGCAUUCCGGCAACAGUUGCAUUCUUUGAUAAAUGAAUCGUGAUGCCUUCAAAAGGUGCUCCAUUUUAUGAAUGCAGUUUGUGUUUUUUCAUCCGACUCAUCUUCACUAUAGUUUUGGCGAUUCCAGCUUAUCAUCAUCUUUUGGGGAUUUCUUUGGUGACCGUGACAGUAUAGGCCGGGAUGCCUUAAAUUUUGUUUUACAUCUUGUUGUACUCAAAGGAGCAUUGCUUUAUGAUAUUUUCUUCUUUAUUUAUCUUAGAAACAGAUGUUAGUAAAUUUCUUUUAUUUCUGUACUUAAAAGGAGAAAUGUGAAGGAAACAUGGCAGUGUUCUUUCCAUCCUCCACUUGGCAACAGAAAAAUGGUAUUUCCAUCCCUGUAGUUUAUGCU